AACCCUCUUCCCCCAUUCUCCCCGAUCAAGCUCACUUUCUGUCGAUUUCCUUUGCUUUCACUGCUUCAAAGGAGUGCGACACCCAUUCUUGUUUGUUUGACUUGGUGGCGGCAUUUAGACCCAACGCAAUGAGCGCCGCCGAGCUUUUAGAGAAUGAGGCCUUGUUGGACGAUGAGGAAAAUGAUGAAGACUACGACGAGGAGACCGGUGAAGUAGCUAGAGGCACUGCCGAUCGAAAUGGCCACUAUGACGAUUCCAGUGAGGAGGAUGAAGACGAAGAUGAAGACGCCGCUCGUGCUGUUCGCGAGGGUUUCAUUGUCGACGAAGACGAAGAAGAGGAAGAGACGUCUGAAAGACGACGAGAAAAGAAAAAGCGACGCCGUGAAGAGCGUGCACUCGAGGAUGAGGACCUGGACGAGGAAGAUAUCUAUCUUAUCGGGGAGAAUAACCCGGACUUUGAACCUCCUGUUUCUUAUGAGUCGAAAUUUAAGCGGCUGAAGCGCGGGCAUAAAGGUGAUCGAGACCGUGCGGUGUCUCAGGGAAUCAACGAUAUAUUCAACUCCGACGAAGAGGAGGAUGAGAUCGACCGAUAUCGGAUGGGUGCCCGAGAUAGAAGGGGGCUUCACGAUGACCUCGAUGAUUUCAUCGAAGAGGAUGUGUUUUCCGACGAAGAGCGCGAGCGCAUGCGGGAAGACGAAGAGAUCGCUCGCCCAGUUAAAAAAGGAAUCUCUGGACUUGCUGUUACGGAGGCGACUGGCCUCGAUGAAGCUGCCCUCGAGGAUAUGCGUGCUGCUUUCGGUGAUGGAACCGAUUAUCUCUUCGCCCUUGAAAUGGAAGAAGAUGAAGAUGAAGAAGAACGUGGGGAUGAAGAAAAGCCACUGGACCUAAAAGAUGUUUUUGAGCCAUCACAACUCGCUGAAAAGAUGAUGACGGAGGAAGACAACGAGAUCCGCUUUAGUGACGAACCCGAGCGCUACCAGAUAGCAAGAAAGCCUUAUAAGCACGUCAUCCUGAGCGAAGAACAAUUUAAGGAAGAAGCCAUAUGGAUUUCAAAUCUUAUGUUACUGAAAAAGCGCCUGGAACCAGACUUACGCGAGCCAUUCCAGAGAGCUAUUGUCAAGGUCCUUGAAUUUAUGGUUACUGAUGACUGGGAAGUGCCGUUCAUCUUUCAACAUCGCAAGGAUUACUUGAUUCAUGCGGCAAAGGUUCCAAUGUCCCCUAGCGCACCCAAUCCCGAUGGGCAGGACUACGUUAUUAGAGCAGAGAAACUCUUAAACAUGACUGAUCUGUGGGAUAUCUUCGAGUAUGACCUAAAGUUCCGCGCACUUGUUGACAAGAGGAACAUCCUUCAGCGGACCUAUGACAACCUUAAGAACGUCGCAAACGUCAAAGACGAAGUGUUUGAGCAGAUGUUACCUGCUGCGGUGACCAUGGAGGAACUUCAGGACCUCCAGGAUUAUAUCUAUUUUGAGUACUCAUCCGAACUUAAAGAUGUUGCGAUGGUGAAUGGAAAUGGAGAGAAUGGGGCCGUUCAUCAACGCCGAAAAGCCGCGACCAAAACUUUCUAUGAGCGUAUCCGCAAUAGCAAGGCUUACGGUCUUGUUCGUGCGUUCGGAAUUACACCAGACGGAUUUGCCCAAAACGCUAUGAAGGAAGCAAAGAGACAUCAUAUUGAUGACCCCACUGAGCUACCCGAAGAUAUGGCGGACGGGCUCCUUGACACUCACUUUGCAAACGGUUUACACGCGCUCAAGGCUGCCAAGACAAUGUUUGCAGAACAGUUGAUAAUGAGCCCAAAAGUAAGGAAGGAAUUAAGACGAGCCUUCUAUAUGAAUGGCGUUAUCGAUUGUUUCAGGACUGAAAAGGGCCUAAAAAAGAUUGAUGAACAUCACCCUUAUUACGAAUUUAAGUAUUUGCGAAAUCAGCAACUGAGUGACAUUGCACGCCGACCAGAAUUAUUCCUGCGCAUGCUGAAAGCGGAAGAAGAAGGCUUGGUGGACGUCAAUGUUCGGUUCCAAAAUUUUGAUAAUUAUAAGAGACGACUUUAUCGUGAUAUCCAAUCCGACAACUUCAGUGAAGUAGCCGAUGCCUGGAACAAAGCGAGAAAGGAAGUGCUUGACAUGGCACUUGCACGGCUCGACAAGAUCAUGAGUCGCGGAGUCAAGGAAAAUAUCAAGACUGAAUGUGAGAACCACGUCGCUAAGGAAUGCCGAGAAGCUUUCUCCUUACGACUCGAUCAAGCUCCGUACAAGCCUAAAGGCAUGAUCCUUGGCACUAUUCCCCGUGUCCUCACUUUAUCAGCCGGUGCUGGUAUCAUUGGCAAAGACCCAAUAUACUGGGCGUGGGUUGAAGAGGAUGGCCGAGUCUUGGAAAACGGCAAAUUUACCGACCUCACUCUUGGUGAUCCAGACCGCAUGAUUUCAGACGGUAGAGACGUGAACUCUCUCAUAGAUCUCGUCGAACGGCGCAAACCUGAUGUGAUUGGCAUUUCCGGGAUGUCUCCAGAAACCCGCAAACUUUACAAGCAACUCGCAGAGCUCAUAGAUGCAAAGAAUCUCCGCAGCUCGCCAUAUACCAACGAUAAUGAUGAUGAAGUUAGCGAUCCUCUCGAAGUAGUCAUAGUGAACGACGAAGUGGCAAGACUAUAUCAUACCAGCGACAAGGCCAGAUCGGAGCACCCCGGUCUUCACCCAUUGACCAUCUACUGCGUUUCUCUCGCCAAAUAUCUACAGAAUCCAAUGAAAGAGUACGCUUCGUUAGGACGGGACAUAGUGUCUAUUCAAUUCAAACCAGGCCAGCAACUUAUCUCUCAGGAGAAGCUCUUGAAGCAACUCGAAAGUGCUUUGGUUGAUAUGGUGAACUUAUGUGGUGUGGAUAUCAAUGAAGCUGUCAAUGAUCCGGCUACCGCCAACCUUCUCACUUAUGUGAGCGGUCUCGGCCCUCGAAAGGCCUCCCAGUUGCUGAAAAUCAUCAACAUGAACGGUGGUGUUGUGAAUAACCGCAUGGAGUUACUAGGAGUCAACGCGCAGUAUCCUGCAAUGGGCGUGAAAGUAUGGAACAAUUGUGCCAGUUUUCUCUACAUCGACUACGACACGGCCGAUCCCGACACUGAUUAUUUGGACAAUACUCGUGUUCAUCCAGAAGACUAUGAUAUUGGUCGCAAGAUGGCCGCCGAUGCGCUCGAACUCGAUGAAGAAGAUAUCAAAGCGGAGACAGAUGAGAACGGUCCCGGCGCUAUCGUUAGAAAGCUCGUUAAGGAGGAUGCUCAAGAAAAAGUCAACGACCUUAUUCUGGAAGAGUAUGCCGAGCAACUCGAAAAGAAUCUUAACCAGAGAAAACGCGCUACUCUUGAGACUAUACGUGCUGAAUUACAGCAGCCUUAUGAGGAAUUACGAAAGCAAUUCGUCUUCCUUAGCACAGAUGCCAUCUUUACAAUGUUUACCGGCGAGACUGCGGACACCUUGGCUGAAGGCAUGGUUGUACCUGUCACUAUCAAACGAAUAACCGAUGACCACAUCGACGGCAAACUUGACUGUGGAGUUGAUGUCCUCAUACCCGAGAUGGAGCUCACCGACCGAUAUGAUAUCCCCGUCCGAAGUCUAUAUUCCAUUCACCAAACUGUCCCUGCGAAACUGCUCUACUUGAACCGCAAAGCUUUCAUUGCCAACGCAUCUCUCCGCGAAGACCAGGUCAUUAGGCCGUAUCGCCGCGAAUUCGAUCAUAUGCGCGAUGAAUGGGAUGACAAGCAAGAGCACCAAGAUCAAGAAGCAAUGAAGGAGGAGACUAAGACGAGCACUCGUACACUCAGAGUUAUUAAGCAUCCGCUUUUCCGCCCAUUCAAUGGUCCUCAGGCUGAGGAAUUCCUCGCUUCGCAAAGUCGUGGAGACGCAGUCAUUCGACCUUCGUCUAAGGGCCCUGACCAUCUCGCAGUGACAUGGAAGGUCUCAGAUGGAGUAUACCAGCAUAUUGAUGUGUUAGAACUUGACAAAGAAAACGAGUUCUCCGUCGGCAAAAUUCUCAAAAUUGGCGGGAAGUAUUCGUACAGCGAUCUUGACGAGUUGAUUGUCAAUCAUGUCAAGGCCAUGGCAAGAAAGGUGGAUGAUAUGACAAUCCAUGAGAAAUAUCAGUCCGGCUCAAAAGAGGCUACAGAACGUUGGUUAACAACAUACACAACCGCCAACCCUACUCGUUCUGCCUACGCCUUUUGCAUCGACCCCAAACACCCGGGCUACUUCCACCUGUGCUUCAAGGCGGGCCAAAAUGCGUCAAUGAACAGCUGGCCAGUAAAAGUGAUUCCCCAGGGAUACGAAUUGCAACGGAACCCAUAUCCAGACAUGAUGGCGUUAUGCAACGGAUUCAAGACGAUGUAUGCGAAUGUGUUGGCCGGAAAGAAGGGACGAAGAUGA